AUAUUUCUGAAAAGACCUUUAUCAAUAUAUUUUUUGAAAUUUCAGAAAUGGGAAAUGAUGAAAAGGUACAAGAGGAUUUUUCUAAAAUCGAUAUAAAAAACACAAUUAAUGAAAGGAUAGUUGAUAUUUUGACGAAAAUUUGUAAUAAAAAGCAAUCAAAAAGCUCCGGCAUUUCUAAAAAACAGAUUUUUGCUGUGGUGCAAGAAGAGAUAGAGAUGAUAUUAUUAAAUGAGCUUUUCUACAUGUGUUUUCAAAAAAAGAUGAAGGAAGAAAUUCAAAACCUCUCAGAUUAUAUUCCUCACAAAAUAUUAAAAUCAAAAAUUUGUGACAAAAUUAAGGAACUUUCUGAGAAAUAUUCCGAGGAAAAUCAAUUUAAUAUUACACAAUCUGAGAUGAUAACAGAGUCAUUUGAUGAGAUUACGAUACAAACUAUAACACAAUAUAUAUCUGAUGCAAUACAAAAAAAAUCUCCUUUAAUAAUCUCAAAAAUUUCUACUAAAUUUAAAAAUAUGUCAUCAAAAAACAUCAAUCAAAAUUUAUUCAAUGACUUAGAAAAGAAAUCUCUUUAUAUGACUUUGAUCAAUGGAGAUAUCAAUGGAGAUACCAAUGAAAAUAUUAACAAAGAUGCCAAUAAAAGUGCCAAUAAAAGUGCCAAUGAAGGUGCCAACGAAAAUGCCAAUAACAAUGCCAAUAAAGAUAUUAAUAAAAAUGUCAAUGAAGAUGCCAAUGAUUAUAUCGAUGAAGAAGCCAAUGAAGACGCCUAUGAAAAUGCUAAUAAUGCUAAUAAAGACAUUAAUAAAAAUACCAAUAAAGAUGCCAAUGAAAACGUCAAUGAAAACAUCAACAAAAAUACCAAUCAAGAUGUCAAUAAAGCCGGAAAGUCAAUAUUUUUUAUUUUUACAAUAGCUGACAAAACGUAG